GGUCACAUCAAAUGUCAAAAGUUUCCAAUGGGGAAUAUCACGUUAAGAGUUUUGCAAUAACUAUCGUAAUAUAGCAGGCACAAUACAACUUCAGUGCCGUCCGCCGAAUGAUUAAAUAAAUACAAUAAUUUUCUCUCAAAUACAUAUUAUGGUAUCUUUUAUCCAACCUAAGUAUUUUUUUUCCCCUCUCUCACCGUUCAGGCUAAUCUAAAUAUUUCCAAGUCUUUCUUAAUAAUUUCUUAAUUUUUUUUUAAUAUUUUUUUUCCCAUGUCAAUGAUCCAUCAUAACGUGUUAUACUCUCAAUAGAUUCCCUUCCCAACUUGCAAAAGAGGUUCAUCAUCUUCACAUUCCUCACUUUUUUUUUUUUGUUUAUUCUCUUUUUAGCCUUUUACAAAAUCCAAACUCGCCACUCCAUUUUUGAUCUGAAUUAGUCCUAUCCGAAAUUCGUCGACCGUACUACUACAUAACUGUCUCAUUAGCACAACUAGAGCUUGGUUUUCAUCGUCGUAUAAAUCGAAACUUUUGUCCGUCUGCGGUCCGUUACCCCUCUUUAAAUUCCGUUCAUAAAGAUUCCGAUUGUUCUUCAUCUGGAUCAGUAAACUGAUAUGAAAUUCGGGAAGGAAUUCAAGACCCAUCUGGAGGAAACUCUUCCUGAAUGGAGAGAUAAGUAUUUGUCCUACAAGCCUUUGAAGAAGCUCCUCAAAAAUAUUCCUUCCCCUGAAGCCACCGCCGGCGUUGCCAAUCUCAACCCUCCUCCGGUUCAGCCUGACGGCGAUGGAGCUCCCGCCUUGCCGGAACUGCAGGACUGGUUCGUCAAGAUUCUUAAUGAGGAGCUUGAAAAGUUCAAUGAUUUUUACGUGGAUAAAGAGGAGGAGUUCAUCAUCCGCUUCCAGGAAUUGAAGGAAAGAAUUGAGCGGGUUAAGAAUAGAGAGGAUUCUGACAUCGAGUUCAGCGAUGAGAUGAUGAACAUUCGAAAGGACUUUGUUGCAAUUCAUGGUGAAAUGGUUCUUCUAAAGAAUUACAGCUCCCUAAAUUUUGCAGGUCUCGUGAAGAUUUUGAAGAAAUAUGAUAAAAGAACCGGGGAAUUAUUGCGUUUGCGGUUUACACAGCUUGCUCUGCAUGAGCCUUUCUUUACAACUGAGCCUCUUUCAAGAUUAGUUCAAGAGUGUGAGGCAAAUCUUGAACUUCUUUUCCCCCUCGAGGCAGAAGUUGUGGAAUCUAAUGCUGCUUUACAAAAUAAUGCUGGGGAAGCAUCAUCAAAUAUGGGUACAGAAACGAAAAUGUCACUCGGGGAGGAAACUGUGGACAUUUACCGAAGUACCCUUGCAGCCAUGAGAACUAUUCAGGGCCUGAAGAAGGCAAGUUCUACCAUUAAUCCAUUGUCUUUUUCUGCUGUUUUUGCGAAUCAUGACAAUGACAGUGGAGGUGAUGUAACAGCAGAAAAUUCUCCAGACUCCUUAGUUAACUCACAGAAGUCUGAGGAGAUAGGUAAUGAAGCAGCUGUUAACUCUCCCAAAUAGCUUUCAACAUUCUGGUUAUACUUUUCUAUCAUGUUUAGAGGCUGAAUGGCGACUUUAAAAGUUUUCACUGAGCGAGUUCUAUUUUUCUCGGUUUUUGUUAGCUGAAUGAUUAUCCAACCUUGUGAACUGUAAUGCCAACUAGAACUAGGAAGGGUAGUUCUGUCGGCCGCAACAUUGUAUUUAGCUUUCAACUGGCCUGACAUUGUUUUGUGAAUAAAAUUUUGUAUCCUUACAAGGAACUUGUGAUCCUAUCAUGUCAUCUUAAAGUUUUACGCACCUCAUUAACUGUCUUGCUCUUCUACGCGGGAAUCGCAAUGGUCCUGAGGAAGUUUGGACUCAUUUCAAUGAUUUGAGUUAAAAGGUGCGAUGCAUCACUUUCAAAUGCUGAGUUGGGAAUUGGGACCCGUCUCUUGUAUUUUUGCUGCUCUAACCUGAUAUUUUUCAAUUUGAGAUACCGGGCAGGCAAUAUGUUGGAACUUUUCAAUUUCUUUAAGUUGUUUGCAUCUUCUCUUUGCAGUCAAUCAUAGUUUCAGCUAGAAUAUGUAGAAAAAUGAGAAUUAUCGUUGACAGGCGCUUACAAUUUCAUUCCUCUCUAGUCUCAGUAGAUAUUUUGCUCUACAGAGUCAUAAUCAAGUGGCGCCUUCCGAUGUACUGAAAAAUGUUAC